ACAUGCACCAUGUACAGUCCGGCCAACUUGCCAAGGAUCUUAAGAAAGUCAUAAACUGGGCAGCUAAGCAUGUGUACAACUGUAUUCUUUGCCGUCAGAAAGGCUUCAUCUGUGAGAUAUGUGACAGCCCAAAGGUCAUCUACCCCUUCGAUGUCGAACUCACUACAAGGUGUGAAACAUGCAAGACAGUUUUCCACAAAGCAUGCAAGAAGGAUCACCAACCAUGCUCCAAAUGUACAAGAAUAAAACAGAGGAGAAGUCAGCUGACAAAUGCGGGAGAACCACUCGACUUUGCAUCACCAUGGAGUUGAUGUGGUCACAAAGUUUUGAUGACAUCACAGAGGAGUUGAUGACAUCAUAGAUCAUUUAUGACACAGAAAUGUUGAUCAAAUUUUAUUUACAAAUGCUUGCUAUAAUAAAAUAUUUACAUACUAGAAUUAACUUAAAAUGAUGAAUUGAACAUUUAAAAAAAAAAAUUAUUAUAUUUUUUAUUAUUUUUAAAUAUAUUUAUAAUAUUAAUAAUAAUGAUAUUUAUGAUUAAUAAUAAUCAUGAUAUACCAAUGAGAGAGAACUGUGUCAGGUCAUAGAAAGCACCACCAAAUACAUUAAUUAUUUAUUAUAUAUUUUGUUAUGAUCAAUAAUUUGUGCAUGUAAGCAAAGAGUACAGAACUGCAAGGGGCGUGUCCUUCAAAAGACGAGUUUUGAGCGAAGUCUACUCGCAUUCUUAUAGGGCGCCCGUUAUCUCAUGGAAGAUUUUUUUUAAAACUUUUCAUUGUGUGCAUACAAAAUGAGGGUAGUCGGACCUCUUACAAUUCUAUACUCUGAUGUAAGUAAUGGAAUUAUUAUAUUUCUAUACAAAUUUAUAGAUCUAUUAAUUAUGGUUUGAAAUA